CUGCUGCUGGUUUUUCAGCAGCAAGUCCCGUUCCUCCUUAAAAGCAGAAGCAGAGGCAGAAGUUUAACAUCUUCUUCCAUUAAGCAGAAAAUCAACAACUGAAAGCCGAACACUUUGAUUAAGCCCGAGUCAGUUUCCGUAUUCUUUCUCCUGUGUUUCUAAUCCUAUACAAACGCACUCAUCCAGAUUCCGAUUCUCCUUCAUCAAAGAUAGAUGGCUCCCAAUGGAAGCCGCUUCACCAGAGCAUCAGCAGGUGACAUAUUGGUGCCAGUGGGAUUCCGAUUCCGCCCCACAGAAGAAGAGCUGGUCCACUAUUACUUGCAGAUGAAGCUCGAGGGAAUGGAUUACAUUGUCAGCGACGUCGUCAGUGAAAUCGAUAUCUGCAACCACGAGCCAAGGGACUUGCCUGGGCUUUCACUCAUAAAGUCGGAUGAUCAAGAAUGGUACUUCUUCAGCACUUACAAAAAAAACAGCAAAAACCAGACCGAAAGGAUGACGAAGGAAGGCUUCUGGAAGGUCACUGGUGAGCGAAAACAGGUCAAGACUGAAGACAAAAGAAGUGUCAUCGGUGAAAAAAGGAUUCUAACUUUUUACGGAGGUCAUAGUCGUGAUUCCCAAAAGACCGACUGGGUUAUGCAUGAGUAUUACAUCCCCAAAACCAAUCCUAAUGAUAAUCAGAGGGAUUUAGUUGUCUGUUGCGUAAAGAAGAAAUCAGGUGAGAAUGGGAAUGCUGCAAACUGUCAUGAACGUGAAUCUAGUACUUACAACAACAAUGCAUCUGAUUUUGAAAACCAACAGCUACUAGCAACUCGUAUGGAUAUUGAAGAGGAACAUACUCAGCAACAACAAAUGAAUGGAAUGCAAUCUGCAUUUUCGGAUGAAAAUUUAGAAGAGUUGGUAAAUUCAUUUCUUGUUGACUGGGAUCAGGAUGCACAGGAAAUGAGUUUACAAAUGCUUAGUGAGCCACCCGUUGAUUCACGCCACCCCAGAAGACAGGAAGGUGUUAAGCUUUGCCAGAAACAGGCUGCUUCCUCUGUCAAUGUAGUACCUAAUCAAUUAGUCACUGAUGAACAUUCUGGUACACUUCAUCAAUUAGUUAAUGAUGAGCAUUCUGGUACACAUCAAAGAACUAGCAGGCCGCAACGUGAAUCAAGACACGUUAAUGACUUAAACGUAAAGAAUGCUUCCUCUGUGGAUGCAGAUGCAGAAUUACCUCAGAUUAACUGUAUUCAAUUAGCCCCUGAGGAAUACUAUAACAAUGAAAGAACACGCAGAAAAACAUAUCCAACAAGUGCCCUCAAAGCACUAAGCAAACAGAAAGAAUUAAAACAGCAGCAAAGCAAGGCGAAAGAAGUUGCAGAGCAUCGAGCUGCGGUUGAUUUUCCCCCGAAGAAGACCUCUAUAACAGAGUCUAACAAAGAAGCAGAGGUGGCUCAAGGCAAUAAUGCAGAAAAGGGUAUGAAGCAGACUCAGCAACAACAAAGUAUGGACUUUUUUGAGAGGGAAAAGUGUCGUAUGCUUGGCCUUAGUAAUGAUUACUAUAACAAUGAAAGAACACGCAGAAAAACAUAUCCAACAAGUGCCCUCGAAACACUAAGCAAACAGAAAGAAUUAAAACAGCAGCAAAGCAAGGUGAAAGAAGCUGCAGAGCGUCGAGCUGCUGUUGAUUUUCCCCCGAAGAAGACCUCUAUAACAGAGUCUAACAAAGAAGCAGAGGUGGCUCAAGGCAAUAAUGCCAAAAAAGGUAUGAAGCAGACGCAGAAUGCAACAACCGCCGGCAAUUGGAAGGGCUGUUCUUUCAUUUCAUGGGAGACAUUGUCAAAGAAGAUAUCUCAAUUGAUUAAAUAAAUAUUGUAAAUUGGUAAUUAGUUAUUUACUUGUUAUGUAUUUGACUUCCUUGUUUGUAGGCUUUAGUUUAGGAUCAGGAAUGUAUCUGAUCUCCUAUAUAUUUUGUAAUCCUUGUUUCGAUCAAUACAAGUGAAAGAAUUCUACCACA